GCAGGUGGCAGAAUUUCAUACCGUUUCCAAAAAAGAGUUAAUCCAAUUUCCACAUUGUGCUUUGUGUUCCAGUAUAAAAUUGCACCAUGUCUGGGAAAGCAUGCAAUCUCUAAUUUCAUCAUUUCCCACCCCCUUACUGGACUAGUUCUUUCCACCUGGAACCCUCAGGCUCCCUUCUUGGCCUAUAAAACCCUCCAAACACGCUCAUCCUCCAUCCUUCACCUGCUUGUUUGUUCUGAGCACUUUGAUCUCUUCAGCACUAUGACGACUUUCCUGAGUACUUGUCUCCUCUUGGUCAUCCUUUGCCCAGGUUUGGAUGCCUUGGAAGUAAGUACUGGUUUUGCUUCGCAGGAAGUGCCAGAGGUGGAAGGCACACAGGUUGUGGUCAUGGCAGCUGAUACUGCAACAGUGACAACUCUGGAAUGUGUAAGAAACAAGUCCCAUAAUUGUCUUAUCGAAGGAGGAAGUUGCUUUUCUCAGCGUACUAAAACCUAUUUAAAUGGCUCUGUAGAGACCUACAGGAAUAAGGGUUGUGCUGAAGAUUGCAUCUCAGCAAAUGCCACCUUUUCUUCAGUAGAAAGAAAAUACUUCCAACAUAUCCACUAUUGCUGUCAAAAAACUUUGUGCAACCUGAGAGUGCUUGAAAUGCCACCGAGGAACUUGAAUGGGCUGGAGUGCCCGAACCUUGGUGUAGCUGAAUCAGAAGCUUCUGAGGGUUUAAAUGCCAUCAGGUGUUAUGAUGAGGAGACUCAGUGCAUUGAGUUUGUUCUUGUUCAUGACGACAGUGAAGUUCCUGAUAAGGUCGUCAAAGGCUGUGCAACACCAGCUUUUUGUGAAUUGGCCAAAACAUCAAUUCUUAACCAGUACUUUUCAGGCAUGAUAACCAGAGCACGAUGCUGUGGAGCUAUAGUUUCACCAAAGCAACUCAGCUUUUAAGGGUAGUUAGGAGAGAGCAAUGUCUUCUUCCUCUUGGAUUCCACUAUUUUCUGCAACAGUGGAAGUGGUGGUUGCUUGUCUGAACUUGGGAGUCCAGAGCAACUGGUAUUCACAGGACUCCUGAGGCUUCUAUUUGGUGAAUGGGAUGCAGGGAAUAGAAAACUAAAGAAAAAAUGUGGGGGUUUGGCUCAUGAAAACAUGGGAUAUGUGUAAAAAAAUUCCUUUGUUCAUAAUCAGAAUAAAUUGGUUAAGCAAAUCAAAACUGUGUU